CUUACAUCAGUGUAUUUACGGAUCGUAAUUUUGUUUAAUCUUUGUUUUAAUUAUAUCUUAUUGAUCAAAGAAUGUUUUAACCAGUAAAAUAAGUUGUAUAAAUCUGUCUCAAAGUGUUUUUUGUUAAAAAUAGUAUGGUGUUCUAUUAAAAUGUGGGAAAAAUGCAUCUGACAUUUCGGACUCUUGUAACAGCUGCCUAUUUCUAUACAUUUUAGUGACGCUGGAUAUGCUGUUUUAAAAAUGGUUACCUCCAUUAAGCUUCCUGAUAAAAAAGUGGUAAAAAUGACUGAGCAGAAAAACAAUGGAGUAGUUCCUCAGAGAACUUUAUUGGGAGAAGUAAAUGAACAUAUAACUUGUCCAUUAUGCCAUGGUUAUUAUAUAGACGCAACCACCAUUGUCGAGUGUUUGCAUUCAUUUUGCCGAAGUUGUAUUAUAAAGCACUUACAAGCAAAAAGUUACUGCCCAGUUUGUGAAAUGAUGAUUAAUUCUGCAAAACCAAAUAUUAAAUUGGAUAAAGCACUGCAAGAUAUAGUGUACAAGCUUGUGCCUGGUCUAUUUCAAAAGGAAAUGGAUAGAAGACAGCAGUUUUAUGCUUCCAGACCAGGACCAGCCGCAUCUGCUACACCAGAGCAAAGGGGUGAAGACACAGAAAGAAUUAUAUUUAGUCCAGAAGAUGUGAUUUCUUUUUCUUUAGAAUAUGCUGAUGUGACAGAUACAGAUAGUAUAUCAAGCAAAUCAUCAGAUAGUAAUGAAGCCCAGAAUAUGGCAGCUGCAACAAGGCGAUAUUUGCAAUGCCCUGCAGUUGUAAACAUAAGUCAUCUGAAAAAAUUUCUCAGUAAUAAGUUUGACAUAGAUAGUUCUCAAUUUGCAAUAGACAUAUUAUACAAAAGAGUCCCAUUACCAGAUUACUAUACUUUAAUGGACAUAGCAUAUAUUUAUAAUUGGAAAAGAAAUGAACCAAUGCGUUUUUUCUAUCAGAUCAAGGACUAUAUUGCUAUAAGAAACAGGUUAUUUGAUAUUAAUAGAAAGGAAUCUCAUUUUGGAGACCGUAAACCAAGUCCAGCUUCAACAGAAGAUACAAAUAUUAGCAGUCCAGCGCUAAACUUAAAUGCAAACGAACAUGCUUCAGAUGGUUCUUCCGGAACAAAUAGUCCUAUGCCAGAUGUUAAUAACUUAAAAACAGUUAGUGAUACAUCUAUGAAAAACAAUGAUAAUGUUGUUCUUCAAUACAAAGAUCUUACUAAUGAAGAUAAUGCAUGUUCUACACAUAUACAAGGCAAUUCAGUUAAAAAUAGUUGUGUAUCUCCUAAGAAAACUGAUGAUGAUGAAGAGAAAUCCCAGUUUCUAAAUUCCUUUGAGCUUACUGCAAAAAAUACAUAUUUAAAGACUUCACCAGUUAAAUCAAAUAAUACAGAAAUUAGUGGUACAGAUGAAUCAAACCUUUCAAAAAAAAUGUCUAGCUCUCCAAAAAAUGAAGAAACUCUCAAAAGAAAAUAUCAUAUACCACCCAAUGUACCAGAAAUGAAGAAAUUAAAAAUUGAAAUAGAAAAAACUAAACUUACUAAUUCAAAUAUGAAUGAAUAUUCCUCUCAUGUCAGUUCUCUUACAUCAGGAAAUAUGACUGGGAAAACACAGGAAAUGUCUUUAAAAGUAAAACCAGAUAGUUCAUCUAAAACUGCUCCAUCUUCAGCAAAUAUCUCUACACCUUUAGUGGGAGAUAAAGAAGAUAAAAAGGAUGUUAGGCAGGGAUCCUUAAAUAAGCUACAACUUGUAGAGAAUGCUAAUGUAAAAAGAACCAUUAUUGGGCUAAGUAAUGCACCUCUAUCAACACCAAAGCGCAAAGCUCCAAAUGAUACACAAUUACACAUGUUACCUCCAGUACCAUUACCAAAAACAGUUUCACCUCAUAAAAUUCAUGUAUCAAGAGCAGAAUUACAACAACCAGUUAGUAAAACUAUGGAUGUACCUAUACCUUCGACACACAAGAAGAUGCCAGAUCUAAAACCAAGUCCUAACUCAGUACAAACACUCCAAAAUAAACAACCAAUUAAUAAAGUUAGAAUGGAUCUCUUGGCUAAUAAUAGUGAUAUUGACAGAAGUAAAAUUAUUUCACAAUUGAAGUCACCUUGUCUUGGCCCACCUAUUAGUACACAACCUUCAGGAGAUUCUCUACGAUCUUUAUUUGAUUCAUGUAAAAUUAAUAUACCUUCAUCAUUAUCCAUCACACUCACUGAUCAGAAGUUAGAUGCUCGAAAUCCUAAUGAACCUGUAAAUGUGGAACAGAAGAAGAAUGUUGUAAAUAAAAACUUGUCUGGUGCUGGUAAUGCUUUCGCACAUAAAGUACCAAGUCCUCCAGUACAUAACUAUAUAGAAAUAUUAAAAUUACCAGACACUGAUUCCAAAAAAAUAAACAAACUUGAAACUAAUUCUGAAAUAAAAUUAAACCCAGUCUCCAAAGUAGAGGCAAAUACUACUCAAUCUAAACCUAUAAAUAAGUCUUCAGAAACAUCAGCAAAAGGGCCAAUACCAAAUUUGAAACCAAUAUCUGACACAAAAAUAGGUAAACAGAGUAGUAAUUUCUCUGGUCCUAUCACAUUUCAGCAAACAUUUGAACAACAAUUGCAGUCAUUGCAGACUGAUAAGAAAUCUAAACUGCCUAAAAACAAGUCUCAAGUUCCAAAACUUGUACCUGCAACACCAAAAACCUUUAGUGCUGUUGGUAAACCAACCAACCUUAAUAAGCCUAACAACAGUGGUAUACCUGAAACCAAAACAAGCAGUGCUUUAGACUUGUCAACAACACAUAAUGUACAAACACAAUUAGGGCCACAACAAACCUUGGACAAAGCUUUCGAAAGAAUGCAAUCAAUUGCAAAUUUAGCAAAGAAACAAAAUUUACCGUCUAAGGGUUGGCCAUUGACCAUGUCUCAAGGCAAUAUAUUUCCCGGACUAUCGAGCAGGCCCCUAUCUGCUGCAGUUAGUACUUUAAGAGUUCCUACAACUAGUAAUGUCAAUCAAAUUAAACCUGAUAAGUCAAUGCCAAGUGCAUCUCACUCUAAUAAUAUAGGACAGGAAAGCACAAACAAGAACAAUUUAACAAAAUCCACAACCAGUGCCAGCUCAACUGUUUCAUCACCUAAUUAUUCUGUUACAUCCCACUCAUCACCUACCACUCAACCUUCACCAAGACAAAAUCGGUCUCCUAGUUCUUCUCCAAAGUUAGUUAUAGCUGAGGAAAAACAUAACUCUUCCUCUGAACAAAAUAUUACUCAAUCAAAUCAGAUCCUGAAUUUACAAUUACCAAAUAUGAGUUUACCGAAGAAUGAUUCUUCCAAGAUUCUACUAGGACCAUCAAAGUCAGGUCUUAAGCCCUUUAAAUCUGUAACACCCGGAAGUAAAGUAUCCACAAUUCGCCAACCCAUACCACAAGCCAAAUCAAUGUUGAAUACUUCUUCUGAUUAUCAUGCUUUAAUGAGACAGUAUGAAAUGCUCAAAGCCCAGAGACAAUAUGACAUUAUCUAUAAAAACUCAUUAAGUCAAAAUGAAUAUAACCCUAAGGACAAACAAAUGUCUGCUGUACAAGCUUCUAUACCUUUUAAAUUACGCAAAAGGGUAAAUUUAGGAAUAAAAAAAUCCAAUGUAGAAAAUCUAGAUAUUCUGAAUACAGAAGUAAUUGAAGUAAACAAGUUGAAGAGAUCUUUAUUAGAUAAUAAUUUAAAGAACAACAGCCCAGAAGAUUAUUGUAUUCCAACAAAAGUGCCAAGACGAAAAAGAACCAGUAAAUGUAAUUAUAACGUUGAGGAUACAGAAAGUUCUGAAAGCAAUGUGGUUGAACAUCAAAAACCAUUGACGAGUCGGGAAAAAGAAAUUCAGUGGUUGGACAACUUUUUGAAUGAACAUCUUCAGAGUGAGAAAUCAGCUUCCCUAUACGUGUCAGGGCAGCCGGGUACGGGCAAAACUGCCAGUUUAUCUUACACAUUGCAUUUGGAUAAGUUUAAAAGUGGAUACACACAAGUGUAUAUAAACUGCACAAUGAUGAAGUCUGCUGCUAGCAUUUAUAGUAGAAUAUGUAACGAACUACAGAUAAGGACAUCAGGGUCAACUGAAAAAGCAUGUUUGAAUGCAAUAGAAAAAUAUUUACAAAAAAAACACAAAAUGAUUUUGCUAGUAUUAGACGAGAUCGAUCAGUUAGAUAGCAAGAGACAAUCUGUGUUAUAUACAAUAUUCGAGUGGCCAGCUAUGUUUACUUCGCACAUAGUACUGAUCGGAAUCGCUAAUGCUCUAGACUUAACAGAGAGGACGUUACCCCGACUACAGGCACGUUGUUCUCUUAGACCUAACACCUUACAUUUCGCACCAUACACCAAAGAACAGAUUAUAAAUAUUUUUACCACUGUGCUGGCUAGAGAGGACAAAAGCAAUGCGUUUUCACCGGUGGCCUUGCAGAUGUUGGCAGCUAAAAUUGCUGCUGUUUCUGGUGAUAUGAGACGAGCUUUAGAUAUAGGAAGAAGGGUCAUUGAACUUGCAAGACGUAAUAAAUUCUCAGAGAAUCAAUCUGUCGACGAUAUGAUGAAAGAUGCCACAGUUACCGUGGAGCUAAAACAAGUCCUAGAAGUGUUAAACGAUGUUUAUGGUGGGUCAAGGAACAUAGAACAUGAUGUAGAUGACGGCAUUCCUAUGCAACAAAAACUUAUAUUGUGCAGUCUCAUGUUGAUUUUAACAAAGGGCAAAAAUAAAGAUGUUGUUAUGGGGAAACUUCACGACAUUUAUAAGAGAGUGGCGUUGGCACGCAACAUCGUUCCCUUGGACAUGAGCGAGAUGGCAGGUGCGUGUUCGCUGCUGGAAGCGCGCGGGGCGGUGCGGCUCACUGCGGGCGGAGGCGCGGGCGGACGCGGAAGACGCCUGCGGCUGCACUGGGACGAGGCCGAGCUCGCCGCCGCACUCCGUGACAAACCCCUGCUCUCUGCCAUACUCAAUGACGUCACUUGCCUCAACAAUACCACGUAAUACGACAGUUUCAACCAAAAUACCCUGCUCUCCGCCAUACUCAGUGACGUCACCUGCCAACACUACCACGUAAUAAUAGUUUCUGCCUUAACCUAACUACAUAACAUACCACGUAUUCACUACAGUUUCAACCAAAAUAGAUAUUAAGAUAAUAGAUACUGUAUUUUACAUAUAUCCGCCCAUUUAUUGCUAUGCCUACAGAAGCAAAAUACAUGUUUAUUGCAAUAUUUUAUUUUGGUAGAAAUGCAGAUUUACGUGUCAAAAAGGUAUAAAUACACCAAAUGCGAUUGCACGGGUAUUUUUUGAGAAGUACGGGAUAUUUUUUGCUUGACAAUAGUUUCUGAACGUAACGGUUUAUUUAUGGUUUUGCCAAAUUCGGAGCGACACCUGAUAUCCACGGAAUGUUAACGGGACUUUUGUGCUUGUUAUCUAAGAAACUACAAGAAAGAUUUCACACGCAACCAUCACUCAUGUGGAUCGUGACUGUACUUUUUUCACAUAGUUUUAUAUAAGUAACCAUAAAUGUUCGUCAUACUGCGCUGUUGAUCCAUUUCGUUGGGUAGUCCAGCGCUACUUCUAGCUUUAAUUGAUUGUGGAGGCUUGUUGUGUGUGUUAGUUAGCAGUACGUAAUUUUUAUCAUUUUAACAUAAUUUAAUUCAGUGACCAGAAUAUGAAAUAAAAAUUGCUCAUAUGCCUCCUGGUACUUUUAGUUUAUAAGAGUAUUUUAGAUAUAAGUGUACAGAACAUUUUUUAAAUGUUCCAACAAAGUGUUUCAUAGCAUUUUAUAAGGACUAAAGACUUUUAAUAUGGACAAUUUUUCUUUAUAGUAGUUAUUAGACUACUAUAUCUAGGACGACGUCAGUUAAUACGGGUCUGAUUAAACGACUGAGUUUUGUGUGUUAUUUACUAUCUUCAAUUUUAAAUAUACAUUAUAAAUUAGUUAAUUUUCAAAGGAAUUUUGUUUGAAGUUUUAAUUGAAUUGACGUAGUUUGUAUGAAAUAUAUAUAUAACAUAUUUAUUGUGUUUCUAUGAAAUAUAUAUUCUGCCUAAUUUGAGAUGAGUGUAAAAAAAUUCCUGAAUGCAAAACAAGUACGAACCGUACCUACUUCGUUUGACUUAUCUUGACGCGUUAAAUACUCAGUUUUUUUUGUCAUAUGUUGUUAAUAUUUUUAUCAAAGUAAUUUAUUGAUUGUCUAUGAUGUUGAUUAACACAAACGAUUACAAGCGUCUGUUUGAAAUAGUUAAUUCUCAAUCGAUAAAUUAUAUUAUUAUACAAAAUUUGUUAUACAGUUCAUAUGUUGAGAUGAACGAACGAUGGUUGCUUACGAAUUGUAGACAUAUAUCCGGGGCUAUUUUUAGUAAAAUGUUUAUAUUUAUACAGUUUCUAUAAAACAACAGUACAUGAAAUAAAAACAUGUCAUGUCAUAGAUUUAUUUUUAUACUAGCUCUACCCGCGACUUCGACCGCGUGGAAUUUAACAAAAAGUUAAUUAGAGAAUUUUUCUAAAAUAAAAGUAGCCUAAGUUACGCCUCAUUACACCACUUAUCUGCUAAUAAUAGUCCCGUCAAAAUCGGUCCACCCAAUUCUGAGAUUAGCCGGAACAAACACACAGGCAGACAGACAAAAAUUGUAAAAAACGUUAUUUUGAUGCGGUUCAUGCAUCAAUGAAGUAUUUAUAUUCAUAUGUAGUAUAAAACAGUUAUUUGAAUAUCACAAACAGAU